UGUCUCAAUAGGGGUGUAGACAUUCAGUUUGGUGAAUGGUUGUAAUUUUUCAAAUAAAAAAAGGGUUUAAUUUAUUUGUAUGGACAAAAGUGUAUCACUUUAUUUUUAUAUCUAAGUGUUAUAACCCAACGACAACUUGAUGUGUAUAAUAUUGUUCAGGGAUCCAUAAGAAGCUCAUUCUUUCAGGACAUCAACACUGCAGGGCAACCAUGAUGUCACCAGAGGACAGCAACACCCUGGAGGGCUUAUUGUAUGGCAGCCUCCAUGGUGACAAGGUGGAUGGGGCAGAGUCUGGGAAUCAGGGCAGCAGCCUGUCAGGAGAGGAGAAUUCUCCGGCCAGUUCUCCCCCUACAGGUGUCACGGAGGAACUAUUGGUGUGUGCUGGCUGCGGAGGGCGUGUUUGCGACCGCUUUGUCCUGUUGGCUGCUGGUCGGGCGUGGCACGGAGCCUGCCUUCGCUGUAGCCAAUGCCAGUGUGAGCUCCAGACGCACCUCACGCUCUACUGCCGCGAAGGCAGCAUCUACUGCCAGCAGGAUUACUGCAGGUUAUUCAGUGUGGGACGAUGUGCCCGCUGCUCCCAGCCAAUACCUUCUUCAGCAAUGGUCAUGAGGUCUGGUGAGCUGACCUUUCACCCUGACUGCUUUUGCUGCCAGGAGUGUGAUGUCACCUUGAUGCCUGGAAACCUAUACUGCCAACAGGGACACAACCUGUACUGUCAAUCCCAUUACCAUGGCAAUUGUGAUGCUCCAACCUCCUACACGCUAGACCUCAAGCAGACAGAAGGGGAGGAGUCUGUCAGCAGCCCUGAGCCACGACUGGAGGACGGUGUUACGGGGGGCCGGGCCCAGAGGAGGACCAAGCGAAUCAGAACAUGUUUUCGCAGUGAGCAGUUGAGAGCCAUGGAGUCCUAUUUUUCCCAGAAGCAUAACCCUGAUGGCAAGGAUUGGAGCUGCCUGUCUCAAAGGACCGGUCUGCCCAAGCGAGUGCUGCAGGUGUGGUUCCAGAAUGCAAGGGCCAAAUUCAGGCGCUCCCUCUCUGCUGACGAGUCACAGAGCAACUCGCCUGCACCACAGAGCUUUGAUGCCAUGGCAACGUCCUCUCCAUCCCCAGCAGCCACCUCCCACCAGCCCUUCCAGACCAGCACCAUCGACCAACUGGAGCUCUCUAUGCUCACUGCCCCUCUCAGUGACCCGCCCCAAAGCCCCACCAACCAAUCAGCUAGCUUAAAAAACAUAUUUGACUACAAUUCCCAGGGUGCACCAAGACUCUCCCCUCUGGUCACUUAUGACUUUGGGGAGUUUGGAUCGGGUAGGGAAUUUGAUUAUGAAAAUGUACUUCAACCAUUUUAUUAAUAAGCAUUGCUGUUGGUCAAAUUUGUUGACCUGUGAACUGCUGGACUUCUAUACUGUAUUAUAAUGCUGUGACUUAUGUAGCAUUUUAUGAAUAUUCUUCGCUCCUACUUUGUCAGGGUUUGUUAUAGUUGUUAUGAUAGUCAUUCAGUUUAGAAAAGGUUAGAUGUUUGAGUUUUCGAUGACGUGUUUGUGUGUGUGUGAUCAUACAUCCAAAAACCCUGCCACACUAUGACAAUAUGAGACAUUUCUACUUUA